AUGGGCUUCAGUGGAGAGAAAAGGUUUGGGAGAGGAGCUGAGAUUCAGGUGGAAGGUCAGUCUGAGGACCUGCAGUUGUCCCAGCAGGAGAUGCUGAGCACUGGGCACAGAGGUGACAGCGGAGAUGGAGAGAAGGAUUUCUACUGGUCAAGCUCCACUCCCAACGCCAAGGAAGUAGACACCAUCAGCGGCAACAGUGACUUUUUGCUGCGGCCCAGGGGCCCCGGGCCCCCGGCGCCCGAGCUGGGCCGCGCCCUCGCGCCGCCGCCGGCCCUGGACGACUGGCGUGCCCGCGUGCGCCGCGACCCGCAGCACUUCCUGCGCCUGUGCGCGCACCUCGACUGCACGCCCGACAUCUGGGCGCUGCACGAGCGGAGCGCCUGGCUCACGCAGUUCACGGGCCGGGGCGGCGGCCGCUGCUUCGAGACCACCUUCUUUCUGUGCUGCCUGCGCGAGCCGCGGCCGCCAGUCUUCUCCGACUUGGUGGAGGUGGUGGGCUGCCAGUGGUCAUCUCCAUCAGAGGCAACUGAAAGCUUCAUAUCAAAGGAAAUUUGGUUUGCAGUCCCACAGUUCUACGAAAUAAGAAGACUAGAAAACUUUGCCUCUCUCUCUGACUUGCACAAAUUUUGUUUGGAUCGUGAAUUAGAAGGGGUGGAAAGAUUGCUGCCAAUCGUAUUAUUAACUGCUGAUGGGAUGAUCCAUCUUUUACCAGGAGAUGAGAUGUACUUAGAAGAUUCAAACUUUUUAGAAAAUCAUAUGUCCACUGAAAAAAAGAUUGAAGAAAUCAUGAAGGAAAGCAAGAAAUUUCACCGAGUAGUGUUGUACAGUCACCAUGAUUAUAACAUCCACGUGACAGUUCAGUCAAAGUAUAAACACGUUUAUCCUAAGAACUAUGUAGUGAGUAAGAGCCGUCUGUAAAGAAUAGCUUCUUUGUAAGCUGGCCUACUUGAAGCUAUUCUGAUGAAAAAUGAGGGUUGACUAGACAUGCCUGGAACUUAAGGAACUUUGUGCCUGUAAGUUCUAGUACAGU